ACCGCACCGCACGACCCCGCGCCGUAAAGGGAAUCGAACACGCACCCGCGGGAUUGACACGUCACAGCGCUGAGGGGAAACCCGCACCGUGACGCGGGGGGGUCGGGACCGGACCGGCAGCUCGCAGGGGGUUAAACGCGGACUUGGAUGGGAGUCGGGACUUCUGCGCGGAUGGGAGCGGAGCACGGCGGCGCGCUGCCAGCGGGAUCCGCAGGACGGGUGUAAGGGUCCUCUCUGCUCUUCUUCACGUCUCCCAGGGGCAGCCACAGACUGAAGGAGCAGCCGCCCUGGAACGAUAGUUCUCCCCUUCCCUCGCUGCUGACCGGCCGGUGCUGCGUCUGAUUUCGCAUCUCCGUUGUUCCAAGGCAGACAUCAACCGGACAGCGUUGACCGUCUGUCUGCAGAAGUCCCAGCAACGCACCGGCUGAGAUCCACGCUGAGCUCGAGCAGGACUCCCUGUCUCCCAAACGCAAGAGGACCCAAGAAUCUCACAGGAUUAGACUGUGACGAAAUCAGUGUUUCGUCACCCCCCUCGACAACCUUGAAACCUUUUCACUUUUGCAGAAGCCUUUUUUUUUUCUUCUUCUUCUUAUACCCGGAAUCAUGGCUGCCACGGGCUAUGGCUACUAUCGUGUUGUCAUCUUCAUGUGCAUGUUCACCGGGUACUCGCUGUAUUUCCUUAACAGGAAGACCUUCUCCUUUGUCAUGCCUGCUGUAAUGGAGGAGAUUGAACUGGACAAGGACGACCUGGGUCUGAUCACCAGCAGCCAGACCAUGGCCUAUGCCAUCAGUAAGUUCAUCAGUGGUGUGCUGUCGGACCAGAUCAGCGCCCGCUGGCUCUUCUCCAUCGGCCUGUUUGUUGUUGGCGGCAUCAACGUGGCGUUUUCCUGGUCCUCUACUGUGGCAAUGUUCUCGCUGCUUUGGUUUAUCAAUGGCCUCGGCCAAGGCUGCGGUUGGCCACCUUGUGGGAGGGUGCUGCGCAAGUGGUUUGAGCCCUCCCAGUUUGGGACCUGGUGGUCUGUGCUGUCCUGCAGUAUGAACCUGGCGGGCAGUCUGGGCCCAAUCCUGGCCACGGUGCUGCUGCAGUACUACGACUGGAGGACCAUCCUGUCGAUGUCCGGCAUUUUCUGCGCCGCCUUCUCGUUCGUUUGUCUGGUGUUUGUGAAGAAUGAGCCGAAAGACGUCGGCCUGCCGAGCGUCGAAGCCGCCGCCAAGAAGGGAGCGAAAGGAGGAAAUAUUGAGAGCACCCUCAGGGAGUUCCUGCUGUCUCCUUUCCUGUGGGUGCUGUCUCUGGGCUACCUGGUGGUGUUUGGGGUGAAGACGGCCGCCACCGACUGGGGACAGCUCUUCCUCAUCCAGGAGAAGGGGCAGACGGCGCUCAUGGGCAGUUCCUACAUGAGCGCCCUGGAAGUGGGAGGCUUCAUGGGCAGCCUGGCCGCAGGCUUCGUCUCCGACAGAGCUGUGUCUCGGCAAGGCUUGGGUACCCAUGGCAACCCUCGCCACGGCCUGCUCCUGCUAAUGAUGUCUGGUAUGUGUGUGUCCAUGUACCUCUUCAGAGUCACCGUCACUCCUGAAGUGCCUAAGGAGGCUCCUCUUUGGGUCCAGGCCAUCCACCCUCUCUCCGUCCUCAUUGGUGUGUCAGAAAAAGAGAUCUGGAUCCUCUUCCUCGGGGCUAUGUUUGGAUUCUCCUCGUAUGGACCGAUCGCUUUGUUCGGAGUGAUCGCCAGCGAGUGUGCCCCGCCAAACUUCUGUGGAACCUCCCAUGCCAUCGUAGCUCUGAUGGCCAAUGUUGGGGCUUUUAUGGCCGGACUCCCCUUCAGCACUAUUGCCAAACAACACAGCUGGGACGUGGCCUUCUGGGUAGCUGAGGUGACAAUGGCCGUUGCCACGAUCGGCUUCUUCCUCAUGCGCAACAUGCGCACCAAAAUGGGCCGGGUCGUGGAGAAAACGGACUGAUGGGUUCGGCUGAGCCGGCUGUCUGGUCGCUGUGACACGACUGGAUGGACGGGUGUGCUUGGACUGCUGACUUCUCAUCUCACACAGAAUAUCCUGCACAUUACGUACAACUCCAGUUUCCACCAAACACACAGACUCAACCCCCGUGUCAGUAGGUUACUCAUCUCCAGACCGCAGCUGACUAGUCGAAUGGAUAUAGAUGACGGUUGCUCUUAGGAUAUUCUUAAAUGAUAUUUCCGUGUUGGACAUUAAAUCACCUUGAAGACACAAUAAGCUCCAGUUGUCUU